AUGUUGAAUAGGGCGUACAAGAAACAAGAUGAAGAGAUGUUAAGAAAGCUCAAGGAGAAGGAGGAAGUGAAUCUAGAGGAUAUUGUCAAGAUCCCGGGUUUUAACAACCAUAACCUGAUCGAAAAUCACUCAUCAAGUAUCAUCAUCAAUUUUGAUGCGUUAAAAACCCCUGGAGUUGUAUUAGCUCUCCCAGGGAUCUGGGAAAUGGAAGGAAGGGUCAGAGGAAGAGGAGUUGGAGAUAACAAGGUUCAAUUUAUCUUCGAUCGGAAAGAUGAUCUGCAAAAGGUUCUCGCGGAAGCCCCUUGGCAUGUCAAUGGCUGGUUAGUCACAGGAGAGAAAUGGUCGCCUCAGCCAGCGCCAGACUUCCUGACUACCAUUCCAAUCUGGAUGCGUAUCAAGGGGAUCCCUCUGCAUCUGAGUACCAAUCAGGUCGUAGACUCUAUAGCGGGUUCCUUGGGAAGAGUCGAGGCAAUCAAACUCCAUGCAAAAAAGUCUGAAUCAAUGGAAUACUUGCGCUAG